CACGCCUUGGCUACCGGGGAAAGGUGCGUCUGUCUGCCCGUCAAGCGAGUGGCCGGCCAAGCAGCAGCCAGGUGGAGGGACGGGAGGAAGGGAGGGAGAGCUCGUCUGUAUAUAAGGGCCACGGCGCAGCGGUAGGAAGUGUCAGUAUAGCUUGAGGUGUCGAUCUGUGUGGGUCUGUGUUCCGAGUGAGGCUGUGAGGCAAGGUUGGACCCUCCCUCCCUGAAGCAACCAUCCACUGCUGCUCCUGUUUAUAGUGAAGGUGUGUUCGUCUCGGCUUCCCUACCUGUGUGUUGCACCUGUAGUUACCUGGAUACACGCAGACAGGAGCUCCCACGUAUUGCUCCUGUUUUCCCUGCAGGGUCGUCUGUCUGUUUCUUCUUCGUCCGCCUGUCUCCACGCACACAUUGUCGGAGAUGGCGUCGGAGCCCACUAGCCCCUCCACCCCAACCACACCCUCCUCGCCCGCGGAUGACGCCGAGGCAACCAAGGAGUGGCUUGAGACCAUCUUGGAGGCCUACCACCGCUCCCUGGUACCUGACGAGGAGCCCGAUGUGGAGCUUGGGGAGUGGAGCGUCAAGCCUGCCACGGACGAGCGCGAGGGGUAUCUGUCCGAGCAGCUGUCCUUAGGCGUCACGUACACGGCGUCGGGGCGGCCCUUCCACGCGCACCUCCUGGCUAAGCUCCUGCCCACCGACCCCUUCAACCGAGCCUUCGUCAUCGAGUCCCGUUUCGACCUGCGUGAAAUCAAGUUUUAUGAGGAGAUCAAGCCAGCAGUGGAGGCUGUGGAGCGCAAGUACCUGACGGAAGAGGACUUGGACGCCAGCUGGACCCCCGACCUCUACUACGCCAAGCACAAGGAAGCCACGGAGUCGAUCCUGGUUCUGGAUGACAUGUGCCAGCAUGGAUACAAGGUGCCAGAGCUGACCGAGGGCAUGUCGCCGGCACAGACACGCUCCGCCCUCGUCAUGCUGGCAAACUUCCACGCCGCCACGGUGGCCCUGCAGCUGAAGGAGGGCAAGACACUGACGGAGGAGUUCCCUUACCUGCUCUCGAUGGACCAGGCGGUGGAGUCCUUCAACUGCCUGGUGGAGCGAGGACUGCCGCUGCUCCUCAAGUUCCUGGAGUCCCGCAAAGACCAGGCAGAGGUGAGGGAGGGCCUGACCCGCUACUCCGGCCCACGCGCUGCCCAGGUGCUGAGGGAGGUGCUGGCCCCCUCGGACAAGCUCAACACCCUCGUCCACUGUGACUUCUGGUGCAACAACCUGCUCUUCAAGGAGGACGACAGCAACACGCGCUGCUGCAUCAUCGACUGGCAGAUGGUCAUGUUCAGCCGGCCGGCCAUUGACGUCGCCUUCCUCAUCACCACCUCCCUGUGUCCCGACGAGAGGCGGAAGCACGGCCGGGACCUGCUGUCAACCUACUGGGACUCCUUUAUGGCCAGGCUCUCCAAGUUCGGCAUCGAGGACAAGGCAAUCAAGUACACGAAGGAAGACCUCGAGGCGGACUACAAGUCGGCCCAGGCCAUGGCGGCGCUGGUGGUGGUCGGCAGCGUUGACAUUGCUCUCGGCACGCCAGCGAGGGAAGACCGAGCGCUGAACCUCCUCGCUGACCUCAUGAAGGAGGGGGUGUUAUGAGGUGUGUGUGUGAGCGUGCGUGUUUGUGUGUGUGUACAUGUCACAUUCCUGCUUGAGUGGAUGAUGUGUGUUUGCGUCUGUUUUGGGUUGCCAGCGAUGAUUCAAGCAAACUACAUAGGUAUACUCUGCUUAUUAUAAUCAUCAUCACCUCUGUUCUUCUCUGUGUCAGGUGUUGAUGGUCGCUGUGCCUCAUCUUUAGCCCCAGCCAUCUUUCUGUCCAUCAGUCAUCCAGAGAAGUGUUUCAUUUCCUCAGCAGACAAUUUUGAUUCUGUUCAGUAAUGCGCAGGGCACCGGGGUUGGUGUAUAAGAUGCAUAUAAAUCUACAAGACUUCAGCUUCAUAGUUCUGUUGAUGAUUUUCAGCCACUCAGCUUUUUUGUAUAUCUCUUGAUUCAUUUGCUUGUAACUUUUUGCUGUGAAAAGCUUGACUUAUUUAAAUGUCUUCUAUGAAUGCCCAUGAGCAGGAUGGGGGAGAGGUGCCACAGCCCUUGCCGUGCUGUGCUGCGGGGACACCGUGUUCAGGCUCUGUGUGGCACUGUGGCACGGAAGAGGAAGUCAAAGCUAUGAUGCUAAAUGGCAGGGAAAAAUAUAUGAGAGAGAGAGAAAGUGAGAUUGAUUUAUUGAUUGAUUGAAAGAGAGUGUGUGGACAAGAACAAGCAGAACUUUGAUCCAAGCCGCCCACCCUGCGGAGGGAGCUUUGAGGCAGAAGUUCUAGACCAGACAGACAGACUAUCAUGCACAGCUUUUGAGAAGAAACACUUGAUCUUUUCUUUGCUUGCUAGAGAAGUGAGGAAAGGAGAGACUUGCUUAUAGACACAACGUUCCUUCUGGCCGUGUUUUGCUUGCCCCCUCCCCAUGUUUUGGAGCAGCAUGUGACACUCAUCAUUGAUUUAAGACGUUGGUUUGUCUUUGUUAUGUAAAAGCUGACACACAGCCAACAGGUAAGCGUUGCAAUGGCUGGACCACAAGCAACGUGAGCCAAAGAGCUCAUUUCUUGCACUAAUAUGAAUAACUGUAGGCUGGUGAUCACAAGAAAAACCUUAAAUUAAUUUUUCAUGAUGCAUUGUUUGUUACUUGUAAAUUUAAUACUUCCCCAAAUAUCUAUUUUUGUCUUUUGCCAGAGGAGGUGUUGGUCAGUCCUUGCUUGGUGUAACAAGUACUAGUGCACUCAUUUUGCCGUCAUCCCGUGCGUCACGGGGCUUGUAACAAGCGUCAGUACUGUAUUGCUUUCAGUGUUCAAGGUCAGUGCAUGACUUUAUAACUGUUAGAUGAAACUCAUUGAUUGUGAUUAUUUUCAUUGACUGUCAUCAUGAUUUAUGUUGUGUUGUCUCUUUACAUAAUACUUCUUGAUGUCUAAAUUUUAGAGGUCCCCAAACCAAACGGCAGUUAUUAUUUUCACAUAUAUAUAUGAAGUGUGUGUGUGUGUGUGUGCGUGUGUGUGUGUGUGUGUUCACCUUGUAAUAAGCUUAUAGGAGCGAGCCCAGGCUUCUUGUCCCAGGUCUGAGGGCCUUCUUUUUUUCACCCUUGUGGUACUCACCUCUUGGUGGUGCCAGACCACCACUUUGGGGGUGAACACAACCCCCGAAUGACACCCGCCCACUCACUGUUGGGUGGACCGGGCCACAAGUGUAAGGAGACUGCCCAUUCGCCUCCACCACGCCUGGGAAUCAAACCUGGAAUUUCUUGGUUGUGAGCCGAACAUGCUAGCCACUGCAGAACAGAGCACUGGAUGUAUGUAUACGAGGGUGUGAGAGUGGACCGACAAGGCUUUACAUAUUACUGAUGCCUUUUUAUUGUAUAUGUAAUGAACUAAUCAUAACGGUUUUCAUAUAUGUAAGUUUUAUGACUCGUAUUCUUUGCCCAAAGGAUAAUUUUCUCUUCAUAGAUUUUCCAAAUUUAUUUCUUGAGCAUUAUCUUUUUUCCUCUUUGAUCAGUCAUCCAUCACAAAAGUUCCACACUUCAUGCACCUCCUUUGUGUUUAACCCGGUAGCAGCGGGGAUCAUGUUUCUUAAUGGUCCCUCUAAGCGAGAAAAAUGAGAAAAAAUCACCCCUCACACAAACCAUUUCAUAAUAUAUAUCAAAGCAUUUCUGAUCAGAUUAGGUAUCAUCUAUUUUGGGGGGUUUAGAUCAUGGCACAAAUUUGGCCUGUCACUGCUAUACGGUAAAGACACAAAUUUGGCCUGUCACUGCUAUACGGUAAAGACACAAAUUUGGCCUGUCACUGCUACACGGUAAAGACACAAAUUUGGCCCGUCGCUGCUACCGGGUUAACAAUCAUCCUCUCACUGCUAAGGGCAGGUGGGAAUGCCUUGAAGGGCUGGGAAGAGUUCAGGUUUGUUAAGCACACAAACACUCGGAAAACUCUCAUUUGUGCACACGUAGAGGAAGUCAGGAGUAGGAAGGGAAGGAUAAAGAAGAGGAGUAGAAAUAGAAGCAUAAUACCAGUAAAUAGUCUCCAUCUGUCAACCACAAUCAAAUAGAGGAUCGAGGUGAGAGACAUUUACUUUUUUUCUUCUUUUAGUUUAUUGUAGAAUGGAUUGAGUGUGCUUUCAUAGACUGUUUGAGAAUGAUACUAAUAUAGGCUGCCAUUUGUGCAUAGAGGGAUGGAGCAGGUCAUUGAUAGCAGCUGUAGAGUGUGUGUCUGUGUGUGUGUGUGUGUGUGUGUGUGUGUGUGUGUGUGUGUGUGUGUGUGUGUGUGUGUGUACAGCUUAUUUUAAUUUUUCCAGAGGCUGAGCAAAGUCUUAUAGCCACCCAUUGAAAAAUAUAUAUAGACAGGACAUUAUUUGGUGCUGGUUCUUGGUGGUAUGUACAGCCCGUCUUCAUCUGUGUCUCGACUUGCCUGCCCAAAAGCCCUAACAAUUGCCCCCUCGAUGUUUGUCAUGUUUAUAUUCUCUUGUAUCUGUGUUUGUCUGAUUAUUUCUCUCUCUCUCUCUCUCUCUCUCUCUCUCUCUCUCUCUCUCUCUCUCUCUCUCUCUCUCUCUCUCUCUCUCUCUCAACCCUCCCCCCCCACCCCUCUCACCCCACCCCCCAUUAAACAUACACAAAUUAGUCGCUGCAAAAACUUUCCCAGAAUUAUAACUCAACAAAAUCAUAUUAUUUAUUUAUUUUGCAAGUUUUUUUUUUUUUUUUUUUUUUUAGCAAGGGGGGAAGAGAGGAAGGGGUUACAGGGUAUACAUAAACAAAUAGCUAAGCAGUAUGUAAAUUAAUUCACUUGGUAAAUAAACAAGUAAGAGAAUAUAUAUAUAAAAUAAAGUCCCGAUGAAUUAUUAAAAGAAGAUAGAGAGAGACGCAGGAGUCGUUUUAAUUGCAAAGAAAUCUUGACACCUUAUAGCUCCCGAGACUCAUCCUCUGAACAGGAGCUGAAGGAAGGACAAAAUACUACUUAAAUACUAAACAGUGUAAACUCUUCCCAGCGUAGAGCAUAAGAAGACUCGGUACCGCAUCAUGUAGCUCUAAACUUUGACAACUUGAAUGGGUCUAAACUCUUCCCAUUGUAGAGCAUCAAGGAGACUGUACCUGUAGACUGUAGCUCUAAACUUUGACAAUUUGAAUCAGCGUAAACUCUUGCCAGCGUAGAGCAUCAAGGAGACUGUACCUCAUCAUGUAGCUCUAAACUGACAACUUGAAUGGGUCUAAACUCUUCCCAUUGUAGAGCAUCAAGAAGACUCGGUACCGCAUCAUGUAACUCUAAACCCUGACGACUUGAAUGUGUCUAAACUCUUCCCAUCGUAGAUCAUCGAGAAGACUCAGUACUGCAUCAUGUAGCUCUAAACACUGACAACUUGAAUCAGCGUAAACUCUUCCCAGCAUAGCGCAUAAAGAAAACUACCCCAUUGUGUGGCUCUAAACUUUGACCAACCUCUGUGGGCGGAGAAUACGUCGAGCUUAAAGAGGAGAGUUAGGAAGUAGGCCGAGAGGGCAGCAUUGGUACUCUCUAAGCGGCUAGGACUAAGCGAUUAUGACGGGCUUGUGUAGGCACCUGGGGUUAGCUGGACGAGGGUAACUGUUCUGACCUAGAUACCACAGUUGACCUUGUUUCUCAGGGUAAGGGAUUCUUGUAGCUAGAAGACACUUGAAGGCUACAGUGCUUGAAGUGACACAGUUUACCACUUAUAAAAUUCACAUACACUUUUUGUCAUCAUUCUCUCAACACACACACUUUGAUUCUGUUUUAUGACAUCCUAUUAAGCACUUGAAUUUAACAGCCUCUUCUUCUUCUUAGUUUAGCAUCCUUCUUUUCCCUUAUGAGGUUGGAUGAGUUGAUGAGGAAUUUAAUAGCCCUGAUCUUUUUCCGUGUGUGUCUUCUGAGUAUUGUGUAUCAUUAAACUGUUUUUAUUUUGCCGUGAGAAUAAGUCUAAGGCAUGUAACACAAUGAAGGAGUUAUGUGUAUGUGUUCAAGUCCAGAGAUACUGUUGUGUUUAGGUAAAGAGCUGUCUCAUGUCAAAAUUGUUUACCAUGCAAUACAUACCCUCUGUUUUGUUAAGGUAAUGAACUGUCUUGUCAGAACCAUAAACUAUUUUUCAUGAUACUACAUAUAUACCUGUUCUGUUUUGUUUAGGUAAGGAGCUGUCUAAUGUCAAAAUCAUAUACUUCACAAAUCACACAUACCCUCUUUCUGUUUUGUCAAGGUAAGGAGCUGUCUAAUGUCAAAAUCAUAUACUUCACAAAUCACACAUACCCUCUUUCUGUUUUGUCAAGGUAAGAGCUGUCUAAUGUCAAAAUUGUAUACACUAAAUGAUAAUACACAUCCUCUUUCUGUUUUGUUAAGGUAAGGAGCUGUCUCAUGUCAAAAUCAUGUUCUAUAUUUCACAAUUCAUUCAUACCCUCUCUGUUUUGCUAAAGUAAGGAGCUCUCUAAUGCCGAAAAACAUAUAGGCCUACUGUUAUUUCUUUUCUUUCUCUCUUUAUUUCUUCAUUAUUGUGUUCUUGUUUUAUUCUUAUUGUUCUUUUCUGUUGUUCUUGUUCUUAUUCAUGUUUGCUAAAGUAAGGAGCUCUCUAAUGCUGAAAAACAUAUAGGCCUACUGUUAUUUAUUUUUUUCUCCUUUAUUUCUUCAUUAUUGUGUUCUUGUUUUAUUCUUAUUGUUCUUUUCUGUUGUUCUUGUUCUUAUUCUUCUUGUUCUUGUUCACUGUACUUCACGAUGCAUAAUAAACUGUGUCGCCCCUAGCUAGUAAGGGGUCGCUUCAUCUCUCCUCCCUGGCAAGGCUUGGCUGUGGUGGUGAGCAGAGGCCCAAGCGGAUUGUGAUGUGACGGAACUAAUGACCAAAACUAGCUCUUAAGACGAUGAAUGAUUAUAAUGAAUUCAAGGUAUUACUAAUAAGUCAUUGAUGUUAAAUAAUAAAAGUCUGUUUGAAUU